CUGAUCAUGCCUGUGGUCUUAAAUUAUUCACAUAUAUUCACUGCUGCGCACCAACGUGCAGAUACAUCUUUCUAGAAAUUGCGCUAUGAUUUGGACGAUACUUUUGCUUGUCCAGGGCAUGCUUCUCUUAUUCGUACUUGUUUCGAAACGCUCCAGGUCAGAGAAAGAGCCACCUUUAGACAAAGGAGUUAUUCCAUGGUUAGGCCACGCCCUUGAGUUUGGAAGAGAUGCUGCCAAGUUUCUAAACCGUAUGAAGGUGAAGCAUGGCGAUAUCUUCACGGUGCGUGUGGCUGGGCGCUAUGUGACAGUGCUACUGGACCCCAGCUCUUAUGAUGCUGUGAUAGAGGACUCUGUGUCCCUAGACUUCACACGCUACGCACAGGUUCUCAUGGACAGAAUAUUCAGCCUGCAGCUCCCCCAUCACAACCCUGCUGUAGAGAAGGCUCUAACAAAACAGCACUUUGAGGGUGGGAGCCUAUCCUGCCUGAGCAGCACCAUGCACUGCCACCUUCAGUCCCUGCUGCUGCAAGCCCAGAGGCCCUGUCACAACCAGACCGACUGGAACACGGACGGGCUCUUCAGCUUCUGUUACAGUCUUCUCUUCAGGGCAGGGUACCUCACACUUUUUGGAGGGGAGCAGAACAACAACAGAACAGACCCCACUGACGUCUAUGAGGAGUACCGGAAGUUUGACAACCUCCUGACCAAAAUGGCCAGGACCACACUGAAACCAGAGGAGAAGCGGACCGCCCAGAGUGUGAGGGGGCGUCUGUGGGAGUUGUUGGCCCCGGCGGGGCUAGGAGAGGGCUCCGGGUCCAGCCCCUGGCUGAGAGACUACAGGCACCUUCUGCAGGAAGAGGGAGCUGACGAGGAAACUCAGAGGAGAGCCCUGCUGCUGCAGCUUUGGGCCACACAGGGUAACGUUGGACCUGCUGCAUUCUGGCUGUUAGGUUUCCUGUUGACAAACCCUGAGGCCAUGAGGGCGGUGAGAAGAGAGUUCAGCAGCAUCUCCGAGCAGGACUCUGCAAAGUGUCCCCUACUGGACAGGCUGCAGCACACACCUGUGUUUGACAGUGCCUUAGAGGAGACUCUGAGGCUCAGUGCUGCCCCGUUCAUCACCAGAGAGGUAGUGCAGGAAAAGACCCUGCAAAUGGCCAAUGGGCAGGAGUACCAGCUCAGGAGGGGGGACAGAGUGUGUCUGUUCCCCUUCAUUAGCCCUCAGAUGGAUCCUGAGAUCCACCAGGAACCACAGAGGUUCAAGUAUGAGCGCUUCCUCAACAAGGACGGAUCUGUGAAGAAGGACUUCUUUAAAGGAGGGAGACGGCUCAAGUACUACACCAUGCCAUGGGGCGCAGGCACCAAUGGCUGUGUGGGCAAACGCUUUGCCAUCAACUCCAUCAGACAGUUUGUGUAUCUGGUCCUGUCUCAUCUGGAACUGGAGCGGUGUGACUCAGAGGCUCAGAUGCCAGAGGUGAACUCCAGUCGCUAUGGGUUUGGAAUGUUGCAGCCUGAAGGAGACCUGGCCAUCAGAUAUAAACCUAGACAUUCACAUUGAAGACAUACGACGUUGAGAUCUCUCAAACCAGACGUGAAGUCUGGUUUGUGAAGUUUAGGCUCAUUUUUAAAAAUGUAUGACAAUAUGUCCAUAUAAUGUAUUGUAUCUAUUUUUGUAUCAGCACAAAUGUACAGUGUAAUGUGUUAUUUAUCUUUAAUUAUAAUGUAUAUAUUUCACUUUAAAAUUGUCACUUCAUAACAAUAAAAUAGUUUUUUGUUCUAGA